GCAGACAAGGUGUUUGUUUCAGUUCGGCAACCAUUUGUUCAUAGUGUUUUGAAAUGAAAUUUGAAGGUGCAAUGAUGAAGUGUGUCAUGGUGGGCUGUUUUCUUUAUCUACAAGGGAUACUUGGUGCCCAGUUGCUCUUGGAAACCAAUCCCAAAGACAGAGAAAAUUCAUCUUCUUUAAUCCAACCAAGCGUUCUUCAUGACAUGCUAAAACGCGAGAGUCAGGUCAGAUUAACUAUGGUAAAACACAUCCAAGAUUUAGUAAUGGUUACAGCAGAUAACAAAAAGACCAAUCAAGCACUAAUGAGAAAUCUUAGUGAUAUAACUACAAUGUUACAGGCUAUCACCGAAAAAGACCGCUUAAUAGAGGAGGAAAACGUUCAAUUAAAACUUGAAUUAGACAUCCUUAAAGAUGCAAUUAAUAACAACGAAAAACUUCCACGGAAAAACAUCCACAACUUUGAUAUGACUACGAUACCUCUUCUUGUAGCAAAAUGGGAAAGAGAUUAUUCGGAAUUCAAGCACCAAUUAAAGACUAUGAUUGAGACAGAUCGUAACAUGGAGGAAGCGAGAAAUAGGCUUGAUGAUGAAAUAAUGAAGCUAAGAUUGAAUAGGAAUUUCACGGUGGAAGCGCUAGAACGACUAACAGAGACGGGGUUGUCUCUGGCUAGAAAACAGCUCUCGACUCUCCAAGAAGCAAAUGAGGAAUUAUCAUCUGAUAAUACCGAAAUGGAAAAACAGUUGGCGAUAUUAAAUGGCAGUCUGCGAAAUACUGUGAAUAAAGAACAAAUAGCUGUCUUUAGGUUUGAUUACAACCAGCGUUUUCAAAUGUUUAAUCAAACGUUGAAUAACUAUUCGCUAUCAAUUAAUGAAACUUUGGAAAGUGUUCUUGCAGAAAAAAGAAAUGAAUGCGAUGAACAAACAUCAGGUAUCAAGGGAAGCUGCAUGGAAAUUUUAGAAGUCGAACCACAAACACAGGGAAAAGAUGGUGUGUAUCAAAUCCGUGUAGACUCCGAAGUAAAUUCUGUGUAUUGUGACAUGAGCACAGAAGGAGGUGGUUGGACGGUCAUUCAGCGGAGACAGGAUGGAUCUACAGAUUUCAACCGGACGUGGAGUGAAUACAAACGGGGAUUCGGUAAUCCUUCGACUAACUAUUGGAUUGGGAAUGAUGCUAUCCAUGCCUUGGCAGAGGAGAAACAGACACUUCAUGUCCAACUUCAAGGAUUCGAUGGCACAAGCGCUUAUGCAGAUUAUUCAUCAUUCUUUGUCGGGAAUGAGGCAGAGAAAUAUCGCUUACUUGUGUCGGGAUACUCGGGAACAGCGGGGGACGCUUUGAUUUACCACAAUGCAAUGAAUUUUUCUACACCCGACCAAGAUAAUGAUUAUGUCAGUCGUCACUGCGCAAAAAUAUGGGGGGAAGGCUGGUGGUUCAAUAGCUGUUUUAACGCCAAUCUAAACGCAGAUUACGCAGAUUCUGCUGUGAGUGAUCCUAAAUACAUGACCUGGUAUCCAUGGAAAACACAUUUUGCGUUGAAAGGAUCACUGAUGAUGAUCCGACCUAAAAGUUAGAAUGAACCUUUUGAGUUUUACGAAUCAGCAUAUGAAUGGAAAAGAUCAUUGUAAAUAAAUAAACCACUGUCAAUG